GGGUGGGGUUCAGAUGUUGGGCUGAGAAAUGAUCUAAUAACAUGCUGUAACAAGCACUGACUGCAUUUAUUCUGAUACCUGUUCACUGGGACCGUGUUCGAGCUCAGAUUUUGCAAAAUGGAGUCUCUGUCAGUGGCCAACACCAGUUUUGCCCUUAACCUGUUCAGCAAGAUCAAGGAAACCAACGAAACCAACAAUAUCUUCUACUCUCCUCUCAGCAUUUCUUCUGCGCUGGCCAUGGUGUAUCUCGGAGCUGCAGGCAACACAGCAACUCAGAUGUCUGAGGUUUUGUGCUUCAACAAACCAGUGGUGCCCAAGCCUGUUCAACCAGUCGCAGUCACACUUGCACAACAACAAACUCAGACGUUCGAGAUACCGGCGGCUUUACAAAAGAUACUGCAACAGAAAAAAUCCACAGGUGACAUCCAUGACAGCUUCAACAAGCUGAUGAGUAAACUGAACAAAGCAGAAGCGCCUUAUUCCCUCAGCUUGGCCAAUAGGCUUUAUGGACAGAAGACCUACAAAUUUGUGGAGAAAUUUCUGCGUGACACCAAAACGUACUACAAUGCUAAACUGGAAACUGUCGACUUUCAAUCAAAUGCAGAAGCCGAACGUGUCAAAAUUAAUAAGUGGGUGGAGAAACAAACACAAGAAAAAAUCAAGGACUUGCUGAAAGAAGGAAAUAUUGACAACAGUACCAUACUUGUCUUGGUGAAUGCCAUCUACUUCAAGGGCAACUGGGCAACGCAGUUCAAGGUGGAGAAUACAAAGGAGCGUCCUUUCAGGUUGAACAAGAGAGACACUAAACCAGUGCAGAUGAUGAAACAGAAGGCAAAAUUUCCCCUGACCUUUAUUGCUGAUCUGCGGUGCAGGAUUCUUGAAAUGCCAUACAAUGGCAAGGAGCUCAGCAUGCUAAUUCUGCUACCUGAUUCGAUAGAGGAUGACACUACCGGCCUUGAGAAGCUUGAGCAAGCGCUCACCUAUGAGAACUUCAUGGAGUGGACACGGCCCGAUAUGAUGGACAGGGUGGAGGUGGAGGUGUCUCUGCCACGGUUCAAACUUGAGGAAUCUUAUGACAUGAAGGACCUGCUCAUUAGUAUGGGCAUGGUAGAUGCCUUUAGCCUGGACAGGUGUGAUUUUUCACGCAUGUCUCCUUCCAAUAAUCUGGUGCUCUCCAAGGUGGUGCACAAGUCUUUUGUAGACGUGAAUGAGGAAGGCACUGAAGCAGCUGCGGCUACCGCAGCCAUAAUGAUGUUGCGUUGUGCCCCGAUUCCCCCAGAGGCCUUUGUGGCUGACCACCCCUUCCUCUUUUUCAUUCAACACACACCAACCCGAAGUCUUCUCUUUUGUGGACGCUACAGCUCUCCUUAAAUUGCCUGAUGUUCUGAAGUGCAAUUAUAAUUCUUUGCAGUCAUUUGAUGUCAUAAUUAAAUAAGUGUGUACUCACUAAACAUGUUUAGAUAAUGAAAUUGUGUGAAAAUGUCAACUGACAUAUUUCCAAGAAAUCACUUUGGUAAAAUAUGGUGAUGUGAUAUUGCUUACAUGAAAUAAACAUUUUCUUGACAUCACA